AUGUUACUUUGCGAAGGAUUUGACAGUGCGGCUGCAGUUAAGGGCUCACAGGAGGGGGACAGUGUGCGGGCAGCCCGGUGGAAGCAGGCUGCAGUUCCCCCCCGUGCAGACAUGGGCCCCUCGUUUCGCUCUGGGAUUACUCAAUGCCUGGCCCUCACCUUGGCCCUGGUCAUCGCCGUGAGCGGCCAAGAAGUUACGAAAAACGACAGCUGCACGGCAAACGGGACAGUCUACUCCAGCGAUCAGAUCUGGAGCCCCGAGCCGUGUCGAACCUGCGUGUGCGACUCGGGGGUUGUUGUGUGUGAGGACGAGGUGUGCGAGGAGCUCGGUGACUGCCCGGUGGCGGUGACCCCCGAGGGCGAGUGUUGCCCCGCGUGCUCGGCCGCGGCGCCGACCCGGGCCACACACACUACGGCAGAUACCUGCACAGAAAACGGCACAGCCUACUCCAACAAUCAGAUAUGGAGCCCAGAGCCGUGCCGAGUCUGUGUUUGCGACAGGGGAACUGUGGUGUGUGAGGAGGUGGUGUGUGAGGAGCUAGGGGACUGCGAGACAACCGAGGCCCCCGAGGGCGAGUGUUGCCCCGUGUGCCUCGCCGCCACGCCACAGGCCCCUAACACGGACGAUAAAACUGAGGGCGGCCAGGUGCGCUCCGACGGCCAGAUAUGGAACCCGAAGCCCUGUCGGGUCUGUGUCUGUGACAUGGGGACGGUUUUUUGUGAGGACGUGGUGUGUGAGGAUGUGGGUGACUGCCAGACCACGGAGGUCCCGGAGGGCGAGUGCUGCCCGGUGUGCGCGGCCGCAGAAGAGCGGCUUAGCGCAGAAACCGACACCUGCACAGAGAACGGGAAAGUUUACGCCGACCAGGACAUGUGGAGCCCGGAGCCGUGUCGGGUGUGUGUGUGCGACAUGGGGACGGCCAUGUGUGAAGACGUGGUGUGCGAGGACCUGGGUGACUGUCAGAAAACGACCAUCCCAGAGGGGGAAUGUUGCCCUGUGUGCUUAACUUCCACUUCCCCACUUACUCCCAGCACAGACCCUGCAACAGCCGCUGACGAGGGGAAAAAGGAAAGCUGCACGGUGGAAGGGGAGCUCUACCACCACAACGACAUCUGGAAACCCGAGCCCUGUCGCGUGUGCGUUUGCGACAACGGCGUUGCCGUCUGCGACGAGGUCCAGUGUGAAAUCGUGGCAAAUUGCGAGAAGGUGGUCACACCCGAGGGCGAGUGCUGCCCCGUGUGUGACAGCUUUGCCAGUGCCGCCAGGAGGAUAGAAAUUAUGGGCUUCAAGGGACAGAAAGGUGAGCCAGGUGACAUACCCUAUGUGGUAGGACUCCCUGGACCCUCAGGACCACAGGUGAGUAAACCGGUGGUCCUCCAGGAGCACAGGGAAAAACAGGACCGAGAGGUUUCAAAGGCAGAAAGGGAUUUCCGGGGCCUCAAGGCUUUGACGGUGAGCCGGGUGUACCAGGAAACCCGGGACAACCAGGACCUCCUGGUGAUCCUUCACCCCCUGGGGUUAGCUGGAAACCUGGUGUCACAGAUGGCCUCAGGUUUCGGUGAGAAGUCUGGUCUUGCCGGAAUGGUGACGGGAACAAGGAGCAUGAAAAUAUCUUUUUACAGGGUGAAGCAGGACCACGAGGAAUUCCUGGACCAUCUGGGCCACCAGGUCCAUCUGGUGGUCAAGGAAUACCUGGAGAGGCUGGAGAUCCAGGACCAAUGGGAGAGCCUGGUCAUCGAGGACCUGAUGGACUACCAGGAAAACCAGGACCCGAUGGAGAAUCUGGACCUGCAGGUGGAACGGGAGAGGCAGGAUUUCCAGGCUCCCCGGGACACGCAGGGCAAGAUGGUCCAAAAGGCGAGCUGGGAGCAGUUGGAGCCAAGGGAGCCUCUGGUACACCUGGUCCGAUGGGCGCUCCUGGUCCAGUUGGACCAGCUGGUCAGCAGGGAGAAAGAGGCAGAAUUGGACCGACUGGGCCUGUGGGUAAACGUGGUGCAUCAGGUCACGAUGGUAAACCAGGACCUAUGGGUGAAGCAGGACCUACAGGGGUCCGAGGAAGUCGGGGACAGCAAGGACCCAGAGGGGAAGCUGGGCGGGUGGGACCACCUGGACCUACAGGACAGCAGGGGGCUGCAGGAUCAGAUGGUACUCCAGGUGCUCGUGGCUCAUCGUUUGGUUUUUGAUCAUUUUGCUUCCAAAAAGGGUAUAGCAGGUGUUCAGGGUCCUCCAGGGUUACUAGGACCAUCUGGUCCUCCAGGUCCCCAGGGAACCACAGGAACAGCAGGACCAAAAGGCCAGCUGGGUGAUGUUGGAUUCCCAGGAUUCAAAGGAGAAGCUGGACUGAAGGGAGAACGAGGUGACCAUGGUGUUCCGGGACCAUUGGGCCCAAUGGGGGACGAUGGAAAGCGUGGACCUCGGGGUGAUAGUGGAUCUAUUGGUCCUCCUGGACCUCCAGGAGAGACAGGAGCCCCAGGAAACAGAGGAUUCCCUGGUGCUGAUGGUUUACCAGGACAAAAGGGAGCCCAAGGUGAGCGAGGGGUUCCAGGGUCAGGUGGUGCCAAAGGUUUACCAGGAGACCCAGGACGCAACGGAGAGGCAGGUUUAACAGGAGCUCGGACUAUAAACUAUGAAUGUACUAUGGCCUUACUGGACUUAUCGGUGCACAGGGAGCAGAGGGAAGACAAGGACCAAUGGGCUCAGCAGGAGAAGAUGGCAAACCAGGGCCUGCUGGGUCGAUCGGAAACAGAGGCGGAGCUGGACCCAUGGGUCUGCCAGGACCAAAGGGCUUUGCAGGGGAUGCUGGAAAGGCUGGAGAGCCUGGAAGUGCUGGGGCUCCUGGUCAAAGGGCAAGGGGUAAAUGGAAAAGAUGGAGAAGGAGGUGCUGCCGGUCCGACAGGCCCAGCUGGUCCUGCAGGAAAGAGGGGAGAACAGGGACCCCAGGGAGUUAGUGGUUUCCAGGGUUUGCCCGGAACCCCAGGUCCCCCUGGAGAGUCUGGAAAACCUGGUGAUGAGGGUCUUGCUGGAGAGGUUGGUGCUGAUGGAGCAACAGGUCCAAGAGGAGAAAGAGGUCCACCAGGAGAAAGAGGUGAAGCUGGGCCCAAUGGGCUGCAGGGACCUAAAGGUGGUCCAGGUGGACAAGGACCAGAUGGACCAAAGGGAAAUCCAGGUCCAAAGGGUGCUGAUGGAGAACCAGGAGGUCCAGGACUUCAAGGGAUGCCAGGGGAAAGAGGCAUUCCAGGACCCUCUGGGCCAAAGGGAGAUGCUGGCUCUGCUGGAGAAAAAGGACUAGAAGGCAAAGCUGGAGCUGAUGGUGCAAGGGGGACUGCUGGUCCUGUUGGACCUCCCGGUCCUGCCGGACCAAACGGAAUGAAGGGUGAAACAGGCCCACCAGGGCCUAAUGGGCGUAGAGGCUCACGGGGAAUUGCUGGCUCUACUGGUGAUCCUGGCCCGACUGGUGCUGCUGGCUUCCAAGGACCCCCUGGUAUUGAUGGUCAGCCUGGGGUCAAAGGUGAAACAGGAGAGCCAGGUCUGAAGGGAGAAACAGGAGCUCCCGGACCACAGGGGACGGCUGGAAAACCAGGAGAACAGGGUCCUGUUGGUGUGACUGGACUUAAAGGUGGCAGAGGAACGCAGGGUCCAUCUGGCUCUCCUGGCUUCCCUGGACUUCCUGGAGGAGUUGGACCUCCUGGCUCUCUUGGUGCCGUAGGGGCAGAUGGGCCAAUAGGUACUCCAGGAAAGCGGGGUCCUGCUGGAAUUCGUGGAGAGAACGGAGCUGUCGGUCAUCAAGGCGAGAAGGGACCUCCUGGUCCAGCAGGCAGCCCUGGAGAGAAGGGCGAACCUGGAGAGGACGGACCUCCGGGCCCUGAUGGGCCUCCAGGUCCAGCUGGUGUCACAGGACAAGGAGGAAUUGUCGGCCAGCCAGGAGUAAGGGGGGAAAGAGGCCUGUUGGGGCUGCCAGGUCCUGCUGGUCCACCAGGAAAACCUGGAGCCUCAGGAGGUCCGGGAAGCAAAGGUCCAGCUGGUUUGGUUGGUUUACCAGGACCCACCGGGCCAAGAGGAGAGGCUGGCCGCGAGGGUAUUGCUGGAGCUGAGGGGUCUCCUGGUAAAGAUGGUCUUGUUGGAGAAAGGGGAGAAAGGGGUAAUCCAGGGCCAGAGGGUCUGGCGGGUACCCCAGGGUCUUCAGGUAAUGAGGGUCCAGUGGGAUUAACCGGUGGUCCAGGCCAAAGAGGCAAAAAUGGUGAUAGAGGCCCUCUUGGACCUCAAGGACCAGCCGGAGUACGGGGCAAAGUGGGCCCUCAAGGACCACAAGGAGAAAAAGGAGUAACUGGAGAGCAAGGAGAGAGGGGUCAGAAAGGUCACAGGGGCUUCACUGGACUGGAUGGUUUACCAGGAAUAACUGGUGCCACAGGUGACGCAGGAUCUAAAGGAAUAAUUGGACCAGCUGGACCGCGGGGCCCUCCAGGGGUGACCGGUCCUCCAGGAAAGGAGGGGAACCCUGGCCAGCCUGGACCAAUGGGUGCCCCUGGAAGCAGAGGAAGCAGUGGUGACCUCGGAGCCGAGGGUCCUCCUGGUGAACCUGGACCUCCUGGCCCUCCCGGCCCCCCAGGACCUCCCACUGCAGCUGUGGAAGAGCUCUUUGCCGGCCCACUUGAUUAUGAUGAGAAUGGAGGUGUUCAGGAAGCUUUGGAGCUCACAGAGUACGACGCAGGUGUUGAUCCUCCUCCAUCUCCAGAGUUCAACAAAGACGAAGCUCUGCCCAAUAAGAAACCAGCCAUCUUGCGUGCUGCAACGGGAGUCCAAGCCUCCCUAAAGACCCUCAAUGGACAUCUGCAAGUUCUGCGGAGUCCUGAUGGCACUAAGAUGAACCCUGCGAAAACCUGCCAGGAUAUAAAGCUGUGCUACCCCCAGAAGAGGAGCGGUGAGUAUUGGUUAGAUCCAAACCAAGGGAGCACAAAAGAUGCCAUCAAAGUCUUCUGCAACAUGGAAACUGGGGAAACCUGCAUCUCUGCCAAUCCGGCCAACAUUCCUCGCAAAGCAUGGUGGACAAAAUCUGUUCCCACUCCCAACAAGCCCAUUUGGUUUGCAACAGACAUGAAUGGUGGAACAAAAUUCCAGUAUGGCAACAAAGAGGAACAACCCAAUGCAGUGGCUGUCCAGCUGAAGCUGCUGCAGGUUUUGUCCAAAGAGUCACAUCAGAACAUCACCUACCACUGCAAAAACAGUGUGGCUUAUAAAGCAGAAAAGAGCAGCAACCUAAAGAAAGCCAUGGUCCUCAAAGGCUUCAAUGGCCAAGAACUUAGAGCACAGGGCAACAACAGGCUGCGAUACUCGGUGAUCGAGGACGGCUGCUCGAAAUCAAACGGAGGGUGGGGUAAGACUGUGAUUGAGUACAGGACUCAGACUUCGACCAGACUUCCGAUCGUGGACUUUGCACCCAUGGACGUCGGAAAGGCCGAUCAGGAAUUCGGCCUGGAUAUCGGCCCGGUGUGCUUCUCUUAAAUCAAUGCAUUGCCAACAAAAGAUGGACACAAAUUGCCCCUUUUUAAGGGGGUUUAAAAUCAACUGCGAUAGGGGUUUGGUGUUAUACUGCUGCCAUUCACACAUGGCUGCAUUCAGGAACUGUGCAACUUGUAGGAUCAAAAGGAUCUAAAGCACGAACUCUCAAUGACAAUAUGAAACUGGAAAUAUGUUGUAAUGGGAAUUUGACAACAUACUGUUUUUAAAAGACGUUAUGAAGAGAAUCAAAGCAAUCAAGCCUGAACAUUUUUUCCAGAACAUGCACAGCCAAUGACCCUUAUUUAAGCAAGAGUUGAUAUAGAAAUGACUAUAGUCUUUAUAGUAUGAAUAAUGAAAAUCAAGCUUGAACCUAAAUUAUUAAGUUCCUUUCCGGAACUCAGUUACUCUUUCAACAGAAAUCCUUUAUAUCACAUUUGAAAACCUAAACUGUACAUGCAACAUAUGACUGUAAAUUGCAGAUUAUUUGUUUGUUGACUAUGGAUGUGGAAUAAAUGUCUGUCUUUGGAACAACUAAGCUUACCUGCCUUCAUGAAUGACAUUUGGUUUGAAAAAAAUAACCUUGCAUUAGCAUAAAUCUACCUUGUAGCCACUAGAUGGAGACAAUACUAUUUAAUUCUGAUAGCAAAACAAAGUGGAAUGUUUUCACCUGACAUCCCAGCUGAGCUCAGUGAUUUAAAAAAAAACAGAAAUCUGUUCCUUAUUCAUAUAAAUUGCAUCGUAAAUUGACAUGUCCAACAUGACUCCAACCUCUGUAAAUAAAGCAAACGCAAAAUUCAA